AUGUCUUCUUCUUUAGAAAACCUUGAAACCCAACUUGAAAUGUUCAUUGAGAAUGUAAGACAGAUUCGAAUUAUUGUUAGUGAUUUCCAGCCACAGGGACAGAGUGUACUCAAUCAAAAGAUUCAAUCUCUAGUCACUGGGCUUCAAGAAGUAGACAAAUUGAAAUCUCAGGUUCAUGACAUCCAUGUACCAACAGAGGUGUUUGAUUAUAUUGAUCAAGGCCGCAAUCCUCAACUAUACACAAAAGACUGCAUUGAUAAGGCAUUAGCCAAAAAUGAAGAAGUCAAGGGAAAGAUAGACUCCUACAAGCGUUUCAAGAGUCAUCUUCUUUCCGAACUGUCAAAAACAUUCCCCAAUGAGAUAUCCAAAUAUAAAGCAAUUAGGGGAGGUGAAUAG